AUGAAUAACUUCAUAUUCAUCUUUCUCGGUUUUACUUUUUGUAAUAAUGUCUAUGUACAUGGGUCUCGCAUCAAACUCUUUCUGGAUGUUAAAGCUAAUAAUCUCAUGGAUGUCUGGCAACGAUCUCACGAUACUCACCGUGAAGAAACGAAUCUUACACGAAAUAUAUUUUCCGUUCGUACCAUUUUAUACGGUAUUAUUGUUAUAAUACUCAUCGCUGUCUUAUAUUAUUUACGCCGUCAAGAAACGAGUGCUCUAACAAGUAUGGCAGCAUAUGGACUAUCUCAAAUACAUCCGGGAGUGAGUGUUCUCAUGAGUGCUCUACAACGUCUUUAUAUCCUGGACAAUGCGCCUCAUUAA